GGCACCGCACGGUCCCCCUUCCUACCCCGUCCCCUCCCUCCCCCCGGUUCCCCCUGCGGGCAGGAGCCGGGAGCUGAGCGCUCCCCCAUGGCCUCCUCCCCGGAGGACCCGGUUCUGGAGCGUUACUUUAAGGGCCACAAAGCUGCGAUCACCUCCGUGGACUUUAGCCCCAACGGCAAACAACUUGCUACCGGCUCUUGGGAUACAUUUCUCAUGCUGUGGAGCCUCAGGCCGCAAGCUAGAGCUUUCAGAUACGUGGGUCACAAGGACGUUGUCACCAGCCUGCAGUUUUCCCCACUUGGAAACUUACUGGCAUCAGCUUCACGAGACAGGACCAUUAGACUCUGGAUCCCUGACAAGAGAGGGAAAUCCUCUGAAUUUAAAGCUCACACAGCUCCAGUUCGAAGUGUGGACUUUUCAGCCGAUGGCCAGUUUCUUGCCACAGCUUCUGAAGACAAAUCUAUCAAAGUAUGGAACAUGUAUCGCCAGCGCUUCUUAUAUUCCUUGUACCGACACACACAUUGGGUUCGCUGUGCCAAGUUUUCACCUGAUGGCAGACUAAUUGUAUCAUGCAGUGAGGAUAAAACUAUUAAAAUCUGGGAUACCACAAGUAAGCAGUGUGUUAACAACUUCUCAGAUUUCGUAGGGUUUGCAAAUUUUGUGGCUUUUAACCCUAAUGGUACAUGCAUAGCUUCAGCAGGUUCUGACCAUACUGUGAAAAUCUGGGAUAUAAGAGUGAACAAGUUACUCCAGCAUUAUCAAGUUCACAGCGGUGGAGUUAAUUGUGUGUCGUUCCAUCCUUCGGGUAACUAUCUCAUCACUGCUUCUUCAGAUGGUACGCUGAAGAUCCUGGACCUCUUAGAAGGAAGGCUUAUAUAUACACUUCAAGGACAUACGGGGCCUGUCUUCACUGUUUCAUUUUCAAAAGGUGGAGAGCUGUUUACAUCAGGAGGCGCAGAUGCACAGGUCUUAUUAUGGAGGACUAACUUUGAUGAACUGAAUUAUAAAGAUGUUAGUAAAAAAAACCUCAAAAGACUGCACUUUGAUUCACCACCACAUCUGCUCGAUAUCUACCCAAGGACACCACAUCCCCAUGAGGGAAGGACUGAAACUGUUGAAAUUAAUCCAAAGCUUGAUGUAAUCGAUUUGCAGACCUCCACUCCCCCUGUUGUGGACAUCCUUUCUUUUGAUUCUACCACAACAACAGAAACAACUGUUCGAACUCUACCAGACACGGGUGAAGAGAUCUGCGGAUAUUUCUUGAAUCCUUCUUUAAUGGCAUCAGAAUGUUCACCUACAGUCUUGAAAAAGAAAACAGAAGACAUAAGCGACCUCCCUACUGAGAGUCAAAGAAGCAUACCGCUUGCUGUGACCGACGCAUUAGAGCAUAUUAUGGAACAGCUCAAUGUUUUGACACAGACUGUUUCAAUCUUGGAGCAGCGACUGACUUUGACAGAGGAUAAGCUGAAAGACUGCCUUGAAAAUCAGCAAAAGCUUUUCAAUGCAAUCCAACAGAAAAUUUGA